AUGCCAUCGCAGGUUUUCAUUGUUGAGCAAGUUGGGCAAGGUCCAGCUGAUCCGUCGACAAACCACUUUGACAAUGACUAUCGAGGGCGGUGUGUCCAAAAACGGAUCGCUGGUCGACGUGGUCCAGUGUGGCGGCGAGGGCGGACCACAACACAGGAGCGAACCUCCGACGAUAUUGCAGACUUCCUCCUGUCGGGGGAGAACGACUACGCCUCCUUUCAGGAGAUCUGCAAGAACUUCGACCCGCCAGCGGACCCGCAGCAAAUCCGCGCUGUCAUCGAGAGAUGUCCAGAUAGGUUCACCGUCAGCAAAGACACCGUGACGGUCCUUGAUGCACAGCGGAAGGAAGCCAUCACCUGCAUGAUCAAGAAGCUGGUGGUGCGGGACAUGGCGCAUGUGGAGAUUGACCCGAACAAGGCGUGUGAGCACAUCUACCAAGCGGCUCACUAUGCUCUGAAAGCAACGCCUUGCCGAGUCGCGCAAAUCCUCGGCUCCGUGGCGAAGGCAACUCUGACGUACCCCGACGAGGUUGGGAAAGGAGUGUAUCCGGCCAAUAUGCCCCUGGCCCUGGCCUGCCUCAUCGACCGCAUGGUCUACUUGGCCCGAAAGCGAGGCGAGCAAACAGGUUUGGGCUCUGAGCUUUUGGAGAAGGCUCUCAGCCCGAAGCUCUACGACAUCCUACUUCGGAGGUGGGUGGUUGGGCGGAUCAAAGGCAGCCAGUUCCUCGCAAACAUGAUUCUCUUGUGGGAGCGCCUUGGCUACUUCGAGGCCAAGGACCUGGACAAGUGCAAGCAAUCGCUGUACAUUCUGAUUGUGUACGCAAGGCAUGACGGAGUGCCUGAUCCGCCCGACAAGGAUUUCGGAGAUGGCUGGUACAAGAUCGCUGCUCGGGACGCUGGGGAGCAGAAGAACACGGAGCCUAUCUGUUCCCACGACCAGCUGCAGGCCUUGGACAUGGAGCGGCAGGAGGAGGAGGAUCGCGAGCGACGAGCAUUGGAAGAGGAAUUUCAGAAGCGGCGACACCGGACGAUGCACGCUAUGGCCCAGAUGGGUCUCGGGGACGAGGCGAAGCCUCCUGAGCUUCCGACUGCCGUUCCCGAAAGCCCAAAGGAGGCGCGGGAUGCACCUGUGGAAGCUGUGUCGGCGAUGUUCGAUGCGCUUGAUGAGGAGGAACUCUUUGGGUCGGCGCUGUACAACUCUGCCGUGUACAGCGACGAGGAAGAGGCGAUCUUCGGAUCACCUGUCGGCGAGGACACUCCCAGUGAGAUGCCGCCGAGUCCGCCACCGAAACCUGAGACCGAGACGGAGGGAAGGGAGCCGGAGACGGCGGAGGCUGCCGGGCCACAGCCGCACAGGUCCGGCACCGGUUCUUCCGCGCGCCCAGAGACAGAGGCUGGAGGCGAGGCGUCGGCGCCAGCAACCCCGCCAUCAGAGCGACCGCUAAGGGCAGAGGCGAUGGACCUGGGAGCGACGCAGCCGUACUCAUCCCAGGGCGGUGACUCGUUGCCGGCGACGCAAGCCUACCAGGACGAGCCGUCGCCGAAGCGAAGACGGACUGACUCGCCGCGCACGCCAGACUAA